AUGAGUCUGGGUGAGUCAAACCAAGAUAUAGGAGACUUAUUCAAAGAUGCAUUCUUAUAUUGGACCAGAAAACCAAUAGAUCCAUUCAAAUAUAAGAAGAACCAACGAGUAGAAGAGCUUAUGAAAAUGUUUGAAGUUUAUAAUACUUACACUGUCAACUCUGAAGAGGUACCUACUGAUACUUGGUUACUAGAAUUAAUUCUCAGAUCCGAUUUAAAACUUUCCCAAAUUCAAAUAAAGACAAUUUUAGGAAUAGACUCUACAAAUGAAACUCAUAAUCUAGUAUUCGAAUUACUUCAAUCUUCAAUUGCCGCUGUUGUCAAAUCUUUGGUCACAACUGUUGGUUCUACUAAUUUAUCAGAAUAUCCAUUAACUGAAAUUAAAUAUAUUAUAUAUAAAAUAGCUGUCAAUUUCCAACCCCUCUUCUUUGUUCCAGUAAAGGAUAAAUUCCCCAUAUAUGGUUCAACCGUUAGGCUCGCUCCUAUAUAUACAUUUACUAAUUCAAAUCCAUCAUAUCUAGAAGUUGUUAAUACUAUUAAUACUGAUACUAUUACUGCAGGAGUUAAUAAACCCCAAUGUGAAAUAAUAAGAUAUCAUGAUAGAUUUAAUCAGAUGUGGUUAUUAUUCAUUAUGUUUAAAUCAGAAAUGGAAAAGUUAAAGGUUAAUGAAAUGAAUCCCAGGCGCUACCAAGUUUUUGCAGCAUCUCGAUCCUGUACAUAG